UAUCUAACUAUUUGACUAAUGGUAUGGACCAAAAUGCAAGUUUGUUUCAUAGAUUUGUGUCCAUGAAAUGAAACCAGAGUCGAAACAACAUUUUCAAAAAAGAAGGCCGUAAUGAGCAGACUACAACAACAAGCUCACUGACGACGACGAAGUCAUCUUCAUCCUCUUAAUCUUCCCUCUUCGGUCUCUUUUCAAUGGUUGAAGAGAGUGAAGCAGAAGAAAACCCCUUGGUUGUAUCGGUGCCAAUACAAGAUAUAGAUGAGGAAUUUUGGAGGUUGAAUUCACUUCCAAUGUCUAGAAGAUCAUUCAUAGAAAAUGGCAAUCCAUCCACUACCAUUUUAGAUGACACUAACGUUCAAGUUGUAAUAUCAUCCGAUCGGGUUUCCAGUUCCACACAAAGCCAGAAGCCAUAUCCAGGGGAAGCUACUCUCAACGCAGAGUUGGAAGAGUGUUUCUUAAAACAAGAGCUGUGUUCACAUGCACUCCAAAAUUUGUGGCAACUAGCAAGAUCCAUUUUUGAAGAGUUUCCUGAUCUGGUACGCAUUCCAUUGACUGAUAGUGGAGAUACAGCUCUUCAUGUUGCAGUGAGCGCAAAAAGCACUUUGUUUGUGAAAAAGCUGGUUGAGUUAGCACACAUGACCCCGGAAGACAUGGAAAUACUGAAUGCAGAAGGCAACACUGCGUUUUGCAUGGCUGCAAUUGCAGGGAAUAGUGAAUUAUUACAAAUUAUGAUUAAAAAGAAUGAAAAGUUGCCAGUGGUUUCUGGGCAUGAUGGGAUGCUUCCAGUUCACGUGGCUACUUUAGGUUGCUACCAUGAAACUGUUCAAGAUCUAUCCUCUGACAGGCUCCUUCAUUACAUGGAUUUCAAGGAUAUCAAGAGAUUAUUUUUCAUGGCCAUUAGUAGCUACAUGUAUGAUGUGGCAACGAAAUUAGUCGAGAAAUAUCCAAAGCCUUUGAGCAUUGCAAGAGAUGAUGAAGAGAAUCUAACAGCUUUGCAUAUGCUGGCGCGAAAGCCUUUAGAAGAAUUUUACAUGCAAGAUAACAACUAUGAAGAAGGUUCAUCAAGACAAGGUCAUCAACUGAGAUUGCUGCGGAAGUUAUGGGCACAAGUUAGACAAUUAGAAUACAAAAAUAGAUUGGAGUUGAUAAUUGAACCUUCAGUAGUACUGUUUGAUGCAGUAAAAUCAGGAAAUGUUGAUGUUGUGAAACAGCUUCUUUACAUGAACCGUGAACUGUUGAUUAUAAAGGACCCAAAAAAUGGACAAAGCUUACUGCACAUUGCUGUUUUAUUUCGACAAAAUAGCAUCUUUGACUUCAUACUUAGUAUGGGGAAUGCAAACCUUAUAAUACGAGCCGUGGAUAAAGAUCGUAACAAUGUUCUACACCUUGCUGCACGUCAACUAGAAGAAGCAUCAUUAAAUCUCAGACCAGACAUUCGAAUGCGAAGUGAGGUGGCGUGGUUUAAGGGAGUGGAGCAGAGAGUUCCUCCUGAGCUAAUGACGAUGAGAAACAAACAUGGCAAGACACCAAAUGAUAUGUUUUAUGCAAAUCAUAAAAGGCUAUCUGACGAAGUUAAAGAUACAGCGAAAGGAGUAUCCAACUCUGGUAUGGUUGUGGCAACACUUAUUGUUGCUGUUUCUUUUGCUGCAGCUCUGACUACUCCAGGUGAUAAGACAAAUGCUUGGUUUACUGUAUUCAUCAUGGCAAAUGCAGUUGCAUUAUUCACUUCGUCUUUAUCUCUUGUCUCUUUCUUGUCAAUAUUCACUUCAUCAAGAUUCAGAGAAAGAGACUUCAUCAUCUCACUAUAUCCAAGCUUGAAAAUUGGGAAAAUGUUGCUGCUUAUCUCUGUGGUCACUAUGGUCAUAGCUUUUGCUGCAGCUUCCUUCUUGAUUUUUGAUCGCGUACAUAAGUGGACUGCAUAUGUAGUGGCUUCAUUAGGGCUUUUCACAAUAAUUAUGUUUUUAGUCUUAAUUUUAUACAUAAGCGGAGUGACUGCAAAUUAGUUGUGAAAAGCUGUUAUUUAGCUAGGAAAUAGCUCUGUCGCUACUUGCAGCUAAUUGGCAAGCAUUUCACAGCCAAUUACCUGAUAUUUCAUUACACCACCAAUCCUCAAUAUAUGAUCAUGUAUCCAGUGAGUUACUAGCUAGGAACACUGGCAGGUGGAAUGAAUUCUGUGAAUAGUCUAUUCACUAAUAAUCAUGUUUUGUAAUUUAUGCUUGUGAAAUAAUCAAGGUUGUCCUUGAAUUUGUGACUAUUGUGUAUAAAAUAUAUUUUGAGUGUA